AGCAUGUCGCAGAAGACGCGAGGCCGCUACAGGCGGUACUUGGAACCGAACUCAACUGAGCAAGUACCAAAGCAGACCCUCAGCAGCAUUGCCAAGCGAGCGAAAACACGGCGCGCAAGCAAGGUUAUUGCACCAAACAAACAGGCAGCGGCCAUCCUGUGCGCCAAGAACUCUCCAGAUCAUCAGGCAGCCAGUGUUUCUGAAAAUGCAUCUCACGAUGCUAACCUGAGCAUGUUACCUGAUAUGGCUGCUUGUUGCUCAGAUGAUGAACCACCAAUGCCUGAUGCCUGCAACACAUGCGAAGGAGACGGGAGGGGUGAAGAUGAAGAAAGUGUUGUUCCUCCUCCCAGUGUUGCCACACAGGAUGUCAGCUCUGAAGAUGACGAAGAGGCUAGCCAGGUGCAACAUGACAAUGAAGAUGACAGUGCCUUGGAUGAAGACAGCGAUACUGAAUCGUUAGGUUUGGAUGAUGGGGCUCCUGAGGAGUACUUCUUGAAGCUGUCAAAGGAAACGCUCCCUUCCCAGUCGACAACAAAGGCAGAGGCACUGUUGCUCAUCUUGGCUUAUGUUGUCAGUGCUGGACUGACAUGGGCUCAAGUUAGAGGUCUGCUAAUUCUCAUAAAUGCCCUGAUAGGAAGCAAUGUAGUGCCUGGAAGCACAUAUUUUUUCCGAAAGCUCUGGAAAGACAAGAAAGAGCUAUUAAAGCUACAUUUUUUGCCAUGCUUGUCAUGA